CACGCCCCCAACCCAACCCCUGGCUCCUUGGAUAGUAGUAACGUUACCAACACGGCGAUGACCCACGGACCUUACUAUAACUUCUUGAAUAACUUAUUCAUUUCUCGAUAGCUUCUAUUAUAAAACAGUAGUCAUAGUGCGGGUCUUCUCAUUUUUAGGCUACCAUUUGUCAUAGAUUUUCAAGAAUCCUUUUGACUUACAUGGUAGGUUAUUAGAAUGUUUUGCCGAAAUCAGGUGUCGAGAACCACGGUAGCAAGGGGGUCAGCAUUGGAUCUGGAAAUACGACGACGGGGGCAUUUCAACACUCUUACGGACACGGCACAGGAUGGUGAGGUGCAGCGUCAGAUAGACCGCGAGGUGCGGAUGCGUGAGGGGGCCAGUAAGCUGCUGGCUGCGUGCUCCCAGAGAGACCAGGCCCUGGAGGCCUCCAAGAGCCUGCUCACCUGCAACACCCGCAUCCUGGCCCUGCUCAGCCAGCUGCAGAGGAUGAGGGAGGCCCAGGUCCUGCAGAGAGUAGGCCACAGGUCCUGUAUUGGUGGGUCACUGGAUGAGAGGCUGCCCUGCAUGGGUCAUGUGGCCAUCUCAGACCUGCGUAUCCCACUCAUGUGGAAAGACUCUGAGUACUUCAAGAGCAAAGGAGAGCUUCAUCGCUGUGCUGUGUUCUGUCUGCUCCAGUGUGGCAGAGAGAUCUAUGACACAGACCUGGUGAUGGCGGACAGGACUUUGACUGACAUCUGCUUCGAGGACACCAUCAUAUUUAAGGAGGCGAGCCCGUGCUUUGAGCUCCGUGUGGAGCUGUACAGUACCUGUGUGGUGGAGGACUUCUCUCCGGGCCCAGGGGCACUAGGACCCAGGAGACAUAACCGCCUCAGCAGCUCCCUGGGCUGCACCUCUGGGAGGAGGAUCAGGGCAGCUCUAGAGUCUGCAGCCUGUGGUACCAUACCCAACGUAGAGGGAGGUGAUGGAGGAGGAGGGUCUCCACCACCUCUGCUGCCUGCUCUCUGUACAGAGGGGCCAAAGUAUCACCUUCUGGCCCACACCACACUGACAAUAGCACAUGUUCAGGACAGCUUCAGAACACACGACCUGUCCAUAUCAGCCACAGAGGACAGUGCAUUCUGGCUGCCUCUCUAUGGCAGUGUGUGUUGCCGUCUGGCCGCCCAGCCUCUCUGUAUGACCCAGCAGGUUAUCAGCGGCAGGAUCAAGCUUGAGAAGGAGCCUGAGUGCUGGACUGACAUCUACGGUGUCCUCAAAGGGACAAGUCUUAUCUGUUACCACAGUCAAGAGGGCAUGGUUGCCCAAGAGGAGCCGUUAUUCACCAUCGACAUCAACAAGGAGACCCGCAUCCAUGUGUCCGAGAGAGGGCCUCUGCACCAUACCCAGAGUAUAUCCAUCAGUACACACACCCGAGGUGACGAAGCGGUCACACACACUCUGGUCACACACACACCCCAGGACACACAGCGCUGGAUGGAGGCCUUCUGGCAGCACUUCUAUGACAUGAGUCAGUGGAAACAGUGUUGUAAUGACCUGAUGAAGAUCGAGGUACCCUCUCCCAGGAAAUCCCAUUUGGUCACAGCGAAGCAGGGGUCGCUUUACCACGAAAUAGUUGAAGGACCCUCCAUGAUUGCCAGGUUGUCCAGGUCAAGGGGACCAACAUCAGGAAACUGCAUCAUCCAAGACAGGAUCCACCUCUUACCAAACUCCAGCACCCCCCCACCACCCAAUUGUACUCCUGCUCUUGGGAGUGACGUGCAGUGACACCCACCUCUCCCAUGACACAGUGUCUCUGUACUGUACCUAUCCCUGUCCUGUAAUUGCACGAAACAGCCACAAGAGCUAGCCAUUCCCCUCCAGGAACACAUACAGGAACGCCACAAAUUGGGGGCUUCAAUCACACACUUUUGCUAAUUGUAGCAUUCCACACUCUUGAGUUAUUCUGGUAAUGCAGCCUUGACCUUUUCUAGUCCAGGCUCAAUGUUUUAUAGGACAUUUGGCUCUUCUCUUUACUUGUCCAUGUCCAAACCCAAUUGGCUUUUAAAUGCAGUUAAUUGAUUUUAAAGUUUAAAAAUAUGUUGGUAUGAUUUUGGUACUUAGUCGUACUUUUAUUCUUUAGCCUUCUCUCUUCCUAUUUAAAUGAGACCGUUUUGUUUCGGACACAAAAAUUCAGGACAAGAUAAUCAAUAUGAUUGCAAUGCGGAGCAUGUAACUCAAACUUGAGGAUGGCAAUAAAAACCUAAAAACCUUUAUUUGUAUGUCUUCCGGUCAUGAUUGUUGUCAUGAACUGUCAUCUCCUUCAGUGGCAUGUCAACGCUGUCAUUGAUGGCUACCCAAAUUGUUGUCAAUAUUCACUGUUCUGCAGUUCAUGCAUACACUAAUUAAGGACCAGUGCAGUCAUAACGUGACUUUCACAGAGAGUGUGCAAAGCUGUCAUCAAAGCAAAGGGUGACUACUUUGAAGAAUCUCAAAUAUAAAAUAUAUUUAGAAAUGCUUUACACUUUUUUUGGGUUACUACAUGAUUCCAUAUGUGUUAUUUCAUGGUUUUGAUGUCUUCACUCUUAUUCUACAAUGUAGAAAAUAAUAUAAAAAAUAAAGAAAUACCCUGGAAUGAGUAGGUGUGUCCAAACUUGACUGGUACUGUAAUUCAUAACUAUGAGGUUGGAAUCAUACUGUGGAAUUGUGAAAAUGAUAAUGCCCUUUUAGGGUAAGAGCUGUCUGAAAAGACAGACAUUUCAACCUGUUUUGGUGCGAUGGAGUUUUGGCCUGCAUGGUAACUUUAAUAGACCAAUAAGAAAGAGUUCCAAACCUCUCUGCCAAUAACGGCAAAUAUUACAUUUUCUCCUACUCACUCAGAACACUCCCAGACGGUCCUGCCAAAAUUCUUGCCGGAGAAAAUAAAUGUGUUUAUUUUUGACCAUUUGAAUUGAAAACAAUCACUAAUGUAUUUCAUUAUUACCUGGAAAUGAUUUGAUACUGAGGAUAAAAAAGCUGCAUUGGAUCUUAAAAGUAUUUACUGUGUUUGACCUAGGGAUACUCUUUGCUAUAUACAGUGCAAUCGGAAAGUAUUCAGACCCCUUCACUUUUUCCGUACAGCUCAGAGACAUGAUUGUGUCGAGGCACAGAUCUGGGGGGUGGUACCAAAAAAUGUCUGCCGCAUGGAAGGUCCCCAAGAACACAUUGCCUUGUAUCAUUCUUAAUUGUAAGAAGUUUGGAGCCACCAAGAGACUUCCUAGAGCUGGCCGCCCGGCCAAAUUGAGCAAUCGGGGGAAAAGGGUCUUGGUCAAGGAGGUGACCAAGAACCCGAUGGUCACUCU